GCCAAUAACGAAUAUUAUUUUGCGAACAAGGGUUGUUAUCCAGAUGGGCUUAGCUGUUUCGUGGAAGGCGUGUAGAGUUAUUAUCUCCCCUUGACCAUAACCGUAAGAUCAUUUUACGGAAAUUGCCGAGUCUAGCGAAUAUGACGUUUGCAUUGUGACGUCAUCGCCCUUUCCGAUAGAUUCCUUGAACAGACAUCCAACCAAAAAAUUUUCAUAAAUUAAAUCCGAAGUAAUCCUUGAUUCAUCUUAAUAAUGAGAGGUAAAGGAACCAGGAAAAGGACAAGGAACACUGCUCCAACUAGUAAAGCUGGUUUGAAAUCCACGGGAGCCAAGAAUUCGAAGAAACAGCGGACAUCUCAGACCCAGACGGAGGCGGAACGGGCCCAGGUGGAACAUGUGGAUUUGUCGUCGGGCGACAUAGGAGAAAAUGCAGAUGUAUGGAUGAUUGGAGAUUCCAUCAUACACUGGGCAGGUGAAAGGGCCAAGCAAAGGGGUCGGGAGAACUUGAGGCUUCCUGGUGACAGGACGGUUAGGUGGCUCACUAUUCGGGGAAUGAAGUGGCAGGAUUUCCACCAUGUAAUACAGAGAGAAAGACUUUUCUGUACUCCACCGAAAGCAAUUGUACUCCAUUUAGGUGGGAACGAUUUACGCACUUGGAGUUUAUAUAAACUUAGACGAGUUAUUAACAAGGAAAUAAAGUACUUGUAUGAGUGUUUCCCUGAUACAAUAGUUAUCUGGUAUGACAUAUUACAGCGUCGUAACUGGGGUGGCUGUUAUAAAGAGAAUGUUGCCAUGGAAAAGAAACGUCGGCGGGUUAAUUAUUUUGGCCGUAAAGCCGUAACGGCAAGAUCCCAGGGUAGAACAUUAGAGACACAAAUUGAUUUUGCAACCGCGGGGUUUUAUCGGGGAGAUGGGAUACAUUUAUCAGAAGUCGGGUUGGAAAUGUUUUUAGAUUCUCUAAGGGACGGCUUAAUUAAUUAUAUGGGCUAGAAUUUGGCGGAUAAAUUUCAUGUAUGUAAAUUUAUUGUGGCGGAAAUUCUAGCGGUCUGGGAGUUCGGUCCUUCCACUUACUGCACCUCUCACUACGAAAGUCCUAAGUUACUGGAUACCUAGGGUGAGAGAUCGUUAAGUUAUAUACACAGAAUCUGCCUUAUUCUCUUAAUAUCGAAUGCAUACGUGCAUACAUUGGUUGCAAUUAGAUUACCAAAUAGUGUGUAACAUUAUCAUUUACAAAAAGUAAAUUAUAACUGGUGCUUUUCAAAAUUCAAAUUCAUUAAAACGCAAUUUAGGGGCUAGGGAUUUCGCUCGCAUAGUCAUAGUACUUGGCGUAUCCUGUGUACCCCCUAAAUUUUUGGCUACAUGAUUGCUAUUUUGGUGUUAUGUUUGCUUCAAGUAGUUGUUGAAAUGCACGUGUCUGAAAUGCACGUGUCUGUAUGCAGUAGUGGUCGAAAUGCACGUGUCCGUAUUCAGUAGGGGUCGAAAUUCACGUGUCUGUAUGCAGUAGUGGUCGAAAUGCACGUGUCAGUAUUCAGUAGGGGUCGAAAUGCACGUGUCACUGUAUGCAGUAGUGGUUGAAAUGCACGUGUCCGUAUGCAGGUUUUUCUGAAACCGUUGAAAUGGUGUUGCUAUGCGUUUAGUGCUUUGGAGUGUCGUACAGUUGCUAACAAAAUAUAGUGCUGACUGUUUUCGUAAUGAUAACGUUAAUAUAUUAUUAAUAUAUUAUAGCACCAGUAUUAGGCAGGUACUUCUAUUUAAGACAGGCGGGCCCGAACUUCCAGACUGGUAGGAUUUUCAAAUCGGUUCAACUGUAGCCACCGUUGGGAACUCAGUGAACCAUAUAGCGGCCAUAUAUCUCCACAAUAUUACGAUAAUUAUCAUUUAAUAUUAAAUAUAUUGCAAGUGAUUCGUGGUAAUAAAUGUAUGAACUGUUUUCAUUGUUGCUUAAUUUAGUGAGUCAAGAAAUAAUUAUCGUUAUGGCGUAUAUGCCAAUAACGAAUAUUAUUUUGCGAACAAGGGUUGUUAUCCAGAUGGGCUUAGCUGUUUCGUGGAAGGCGUGUAGAGUUAUUAUCUCCCCUUGACCAUAACCGUAAGAUCAUUUUACGGAAAUUGCCGAGUCUAGCGAAUAUGACGUUUGCAUUGUGACGUCAUCGCCCUUUCCGAUAGAUUCCUUGAACAGACAUCCAACCAAAAAAUUUUCAUCCCACCCACCACACCCAGUAUAUAUAAUAGACCAAUAAUGGUCGUCGGUUAGGAUAUAAUUAAUUUGUUAUAAAUUUGAAUUAAAAAAUAGGCAAUAGAGCUAAUUUCCCAUUUAUGUAUGCAAUACUUUCUUGAUUCAAUUUAAACAAAAAAGGCCAUUCUGAUACAUAAUGUUUUAUAUAUGUUAUGCAGAAAGUACCGUAUUAUCCAGUUUAUUGAUGAUUUUACCGUUUUCUGGCGUAGUUAUUCACACAUUUCAGAGUUUGGUGAAGCUUGUGUGAUGGCAGUUUCCCGUGCUCAGAAGUAGAUCUAUUGGCAACAGACUUCACGGCGAUACGAAAAACCCUCGUUCUGUCAAAAGAGCCGGAAAAUGAAAUCGUGUUCAACUUGACUUUCUAAAGAGGUGUUGAAUUACGGGAAAAGCCAUGACAAACAUUGUGCCAGUUUUAUGUUUUUUAAUUACUGUUUUAUAUUAAAAUAUAUAGACAACUCCCGAAAAUGAAAUUGUGUUCAACUUGACUUUCUAAAGAUGUGCUGAAUUACGGGAAGUGCCAUGACAAACAUUGUGCCUGUUUUAUAUUUUAAAUUAAUGUGUUUUAUAUCAAAUUAUAUAGACAAUUAGUAUCGGAAUACAUAAUGCAAUGGAUUCUAUAUAGACAAUGACAUUUCAAAUUGGAUUUGCAUCUACAUUGAAUAAAAGGACUUGAACUUUAUGUCGCUAUAAAUGUGUCCGGAAAUUCUAGCGGUCUGGGAGUUCGGUCCUUCCACUUACUGCACCUCUCACUACGAAAGUCCUAAGUUACUGGAUACCUAGGGUGAGAGAUCGUUAAGUUAUAUACACAGAAUCUGCCUUAUUCUCUUAAUAUCGAAUGCAUACGUGCAUACAUUGGUUGCAAUUAGAUUACCAAAUAGUGUGUAACAUUAUCAUUUACAAAAAGUAAAUUAUAACUGGUGCUUUUCAAAAUUCAAAUUCAUUAAAACGCAAUUUAGGGGCUAGGGAUUUCGCUCGCAUAGUCAUAGUACUUGGCGUAUCCUGUGUACCCCCUAAAUUUUUGGCUACAUGAUUGCUAUUUUGGUGUUAUGUUUGCUUCAAGUAGUUGUUGAAAUGCACGUGUCUGAAAUGCACGUGUCUGUAUGCAGUAGUGGUCGAAAUGCACGUGUCCGUAUUCAGUAGGGGUCGAAAUUCACGUGUCUGUAUGCAGUAGUGGUCGAAAUGCACGUGUCCGUAUUCAGUAGGGGUCGAAAUGCACGUGUCACUGUAUGCAGUAGUGGUUGAAAUGCACGUGUCCGUAUGCAGGUUUUUCUGAAACCGUUGAAAUGGUGUUGCUAUGCGUUUAGUGCUUUGGAGUGUCGUACAGUUGCUAACAAAAUAUAGUGCUGACUGUUUUCGUAAUGAUAACGUUAAUAUAUUAUUAAUAUAUUAUAGCACCAGUAUUAGGCAGGUACUUCUAUUUAAGACAGGCGGGCCCGAACUUCCAGACUGGUAGGAUUUUCAAAUCGGUUCAACUGUAGCCACCGUUGGGAACUCAGUGAACCAUAUAGCGGCCAUAUAUCUCCACAAUAUUACGAUAAUUAUCAUUUAAUAUUAAAUAUAUUGCAAGUGAUUCGUGGUAAUAAAUGUAUGAACUGUUUUCAUUGUUGCUUAAUUUAGUGA